UCUCUCUCUAAUAUAAGUCCAACCACCGAUUCAUUCCAAGGCUCUUGUAUCGGGAAUUUACUACAAACAACGUGUAACGUAUUUAAGCUCGUAACGUGAUGUGGUCACUGGUUGUGUUUCUGGGUUUGGUAUCACGCGGUCUGACACAAGAGGUCCUCGAGAAUGCGGACAUGGAGAGUAUGACUGGCUGGUUUUGCAGGCGAGCCUCGUGUUCCCUAACCGACACGAAACAUGGUGGAAAUCACGCCAUACUCGCCAGCCAAAGGACAUCGUUAAAGCGUGGACCGGCACAGCGAAUAACCGUUGAGCUGGGCAAAGCCUACACGAUCUCUGCAUGGGUUAAACUCGUUAACGACCAACCGGGCAAGCUGAGUCAAUCGUUCCGAAUGUCAGUACUCCAGAAAUUUGAAGACAAGAGUAGAAAGAGGUACCACGUGGCAUCCAACAAAAGGAUAACGGUGGCUGAUGGCUGGGUGCAACUCAAAGGAUUCGUACUUUUCGCUGAACGCAGCGCGGCGAUCAAAACAACGGAAUUCUACAUAAAUGGUCCUAGUGAGAGUGUAGACUUCAUCACCGACGACGCCUCCGUCCAGCCGUUGGCGGAGUGGACGAACUGGCUACAAGACUCCAACGACAACAUCAACCAGCUGAGGAAAAGCAGUAUAAAUAUUCAGGUAUCAGCUGCUGGAAAUGUUGAUAAGAGUGCAGUCGAAAUUUCAAUUAAACAGUUAAAGAAGUCGUUCCCGUUCGGGACCGCCAUUGGGUGUGACAUGUAUCACCAUGGUGACGUAAAUUAUCAGAAUUUCAUAAACGAUCACUUCAACUGGGCCGUCACGGAAAACGCACUCAAGUGGAACCUCAUGGAAAAAGUGCAGGGCCAGCCGAGGUAUGACAGGGUUAUAAACGCUCUUGAGAAACUCAAACAGAAUGGAAUCAAGACUCGAGGUCACAACAUCCUGUGGGCGACCGGUGGUCACGUGCCCUCCUGGGUCCUGCCUCUGUGGGGCGAUGAGCUCAGGGCCGUGGUCGACACACGAAUCACUAAUGUCGUGACGAAAACAAAAGAGCUACUGGACCACUGGGACGUGAACAACGAGAACCUGCACGGCGCCUUCUACGAAGAUCACACCAAUGAUAUAAACUACGACCUGGAGAUCUUCAAGAAGGCUCACGACACAGCACCAGACGUGAAGAUGUUCCUCAACGACUAUGCUGUGGUUAGAGAUUCGGGCGACAUGACAGGGGCUUACCUGACUCAGGCUCUGCGCUACAAGAAGGAAGGAGUUGGUUUGUACGGAAUGGGCGCUCAGAGUCAUUUCAACGGGGGUUCGAUGCCAAGUCCUACUAUUAUCAAGGUUUGUUAUUAAUACAGGCUUACCUGACUCAGGCUCUGCGCUACAAGAAGGAAGGAGUUGGUUUGUACGGAAUGGGCGCUCAGAGUCAUUUCAACGGGGGUUCGA